GUGGGGAAAUGGAAGGAAAAAAAGUUGCAGAUGAAGUAUUACGUGUGGCCCCGCUUUGAGCUGUAUCCUGACUCUGAGGAACGCGAGGACGAUCACCUGAGUAUUGUGACCUUGGAAGAGGCACCGUUUGUCAUUGUGGAGAACGUGGACCCCCUAAGUGGCACCUGCAUGAGGAACACGGUCCCUUGCCAAAAACGCAUAGUGACGGAGAACAAAACCGAUGAGGAGCCAGAUUACAUGAAGAAAUGUUGCAAGGGGUUCUGCAUUGACAUCCUCAAGAAAAUCUCAAAGUCUGUCAAGUUCACCUAUGACCUCUACUUGGUGACUAAUGGCAAGCAUGGGAAAAAGAUCAAUGGAACGUGGAAUGGAAUGAUUGGAGAGGUCGUCACCAAACGGGCCUAUAUGGCUGUGGGAUCCCUCACCAUUAAUGAGGAGCGUUCAGAAGUGGUGGAUUUCUCUGUGCCCUUCAUUGAAACAGGAAUCAGCGUCAUGGUGUCACGUAGCAAUGGAACUGUCUCACCUUCUGCCUUCUUAGAGCCUUUCAGUGCUGACGUAUGGGUGAUGAUGUUUGUGAUGCUGCUUAUCAUCUCUGCGGUGGCUGUCUUCGUCUUUGAGUACUUCAGCCCUGUGGGCUAUAAUCGGUGCCUUGCUGAUGGCAGAGAGCCAGGAGGUCCCUCUUUCACCAUUGGCAAAGCUAUCUGGCUGCUGUGGGGGCUGGUGUUCAACAACUCUGUGCCAGUGCAGAAUCCCAAGGGUACCACUAGCAAGAUCAUGGUGUCAGUGUGGGCCUUCUUCGCUGUCAUCUUUCUGGCCAGCUACACUGCCAACCUGGCUGCCUUCAUGAUCCAAGAGGAAUACGUGGACCAGGUGUCUGGCUUGAGCGACAAAAAGUUCCAGAAACCCAACGACUUCUCACCCCCUUUCCGCUUCGGGACAGUUCCCAAUGGCAGCACAGAAAGGAAUAUUCGCAACAACUACCCUGAAAUGCACAGCUACAUGGUGAAGUUCAAUCAGAGGGGGGUGGACGAUGCGCUGUUCUCGCUGAAGACUGGGAAGUUGGAUGCUUUCAUUUAUGAUGCAGCAGUGCUAAAUUACAUGGCUGGCAGAGAUGAAGGUUGCAAGCUGGUGACGAUUGGGAGUGGGAAAGUGUUUGCCUCCACUGGCUAUGGCAUUGCCAUCCAAAAGGACUCGGGCUGGAAGCGCCAGGUUGAUCUUGCCAUUUUACAGCUUUUUGGAGAUGGGGAGAUGGAGGAGCUGGAAGCACUGUGGCUCACUGGCAUUUGUCACAAUGAGAAGAAUGAGGUUAUGAGCAGCCAGCUGGAUAUAGAUAACAUGGCAGGUGUCUUCUACAUGCUGGGAGCAGCCAUGGCCCUCAGUCUCAUCACCUUCAUCUGUGAACAUCUCUUCUACUGGCAAUUCCGCCACUGCUUCAUGGGUGUCUGCUCUGGCAAGCCCGGCGUGGUCUUCUCCAUCAGCAGGGGUAUCUACAGCUGCAUCCAUGGUGUGGCCAUUGAGGAACGCCAGUCAGCAAUGAACUCCCCCACAGCAACUAUGAACAACACCCAUUCCAACAUCCUCCGCCUGCUUCGGACAGCCAAGAACAUGGCCAACCUGUCAGGGGUCAAUGGCUCACCACAGGGUGCCCUGGACUUUACCCGCCGUGAGUCGUCGGUCUAUGAUAUCUCCGAGCACCGCCGCAGCUUCACCCACUCGGACUGCAAGUCCUACAACAACCCCCCCUGCGAGGAAAACCUCUUUAGUGACUAUAUUAGUGAGGUGGAAAGGACCUUUGGCAACCUCCAGCUGAAGGACAGCAAUGUGUAUCAGGACCACUACCACCACCACCACCGCCCCCACAGCAUUGGCAGCACCAGCUCCAUCGACGGGCUCUAUGACUGUGACAACCCACCCUUCAACGCCCAGUCGCGGUCCAUUGGGAAGAAGCCCUUGGACCUGGGGUUACCCCCUGCCAAGCACAGCCAGCUGGGUGACCUUUACGGCAAGUUCUCCUUCAAGAGUGACCGCUAUGGGGGCAGCGGGGCCCACGAUGACCUGAUCCGCUCGGAUGUCUCUGACAUUUCCACUCAUACGGUCACCUACGGCAACAUCGAGGGCAAUGCAGCCAAGCGGAGGAAGCAGCAGUACAAGGACAGCCUGAAGAAGCGCCCGGCCUCUGCCAAGUCCCGGCGGGAGUUUGAUGAGAUAGAGCUGGCGUACCGCCGGCGCCCACCCCGCUCGCCCGACCACAAGCGCUACUUCAGGGACAAGGAAGGGCUACGAGACUUCUACCUGGACCAGUUUCGAGCCAAGGAGAACUCGCCACACUGGGAACACGUGGACCUGACGGAUAUCUACAAAGAGCGGGGAGAUGAGUUUAAGCGUGACACAGGAGGAGGAGGUGGUGGGUCCUGCACCAACAGGGCCCACCACAAGCAUGGCUCAGGCGAGUUUGGAGGAAGCAACGAGCACAAGCAUGGAGGAGUUGUGAGUGGGGUCCCAGCGCCGUGGGAGAAGAACCUGACCAACCUAGAGUGGGAGGAUCGGUCCGGGGCUAAUUUCUGCCGCAGUUGCCCUUCUAAGGUGCACAACUACACGCUGGGGCAGAACUCCACCCGCCAGGCUUGCAUCCGCUGUGAGGCGUGCAAGAAAGCGGGCAACCUGUAUGACAUCAGUGAGGACAACUCACUCCAAGAGCUGGACCAGCCACCUGCCCCCGUGCCCGUGGCCACCAGUGCCACCUCCUCCUCCAAAUAUCCUCAGAGCCCUUCCAAUUCUGCCUCCAAGGUGCAGAAGAAGAACCGCAACAAGCUCCGUCGGCAGCACUCCUAUGACACCUUUGUGGACCUGCAGAAGGAUGACUCAGCCCUGGCCCCCCGCAGCGUCAGCCUCAAGGACAAGGGCCGCUUUUUGGAGGGGAGCCCCUACGCCCACAUGUUUGAGAUGCCAGCCAGUGAGACCACCUUUGCCAACAACAAGUCCUCAGUGCCCGCCACCAGCUACCACCACCACAACAACCCCGGCAGCAGCGGGGGCUACAUGCUCAGCAAGUCGCUCUACCCCGACCGGGUCACCCAAAACCCUUUCAUCCCCACUUUUGGGGAUGACCAAUGCUUGCUCCACGGCAGCAAAUCUUAUUUCUUCAGGCAGCCUGUGGUGGCAGGAGGGCCCAAAGCCAGGCCAGACUUCCGAGCCAUUGUCACCACCAACAAGCCGGUGGUCUCAGCCCUUCAUGGGGCUGUGCCAGCCCGUUUCCAGAAGGACAUCUGUAUAGGGAACCAGUCCAACCCCUGUGUGCCUAACAACAAAAACCCCAGGGCUUUCAAUGGCUCCAGCAACGGGCAUGUUUAUGAGAAACUCUCCAGUAUUGAGUCUGACGUUUGA